CUCUGGUCUGGAGCACAGUUUAGUUGAGUUUGGCGUGUCGUCAGGUUGUGGUCGUUGCCGUUCGGAAUCGAAAUCGAAAUCGAAGUCGAACUCGAAGUCGAACUCGGAAUCGGAACGAGCUGCCCAGCGAUAAACCCGUCGUCGGCAACUCGAAUCGCGUCGUCUCUUUUGCGUCAAAGAAAGUGAAAAGCGCGCUGCUUGGCUGUGGCACAUAUUUGAAUAAAAUUCGUCAUCGAUCAACGUCUCGAGCGCUGAAGAAGACGCAGUUGUCGAAUUCACCUGCUUUAGUAUAACAACAACAACAACAACUACAGUAACAGCAGCAGCAGCAACAAGCGACGUCAGACGCAGCCGUUAAUGCGGCGACGGCGAAUUCGAUGCCGCUGUCAAUGACGCGUAGCCGAAUUAAGUUCGCCUAACUUAGCCGACUGAAAAUUGGACGCAAUCUAAAGUCAAGCACAACAACAACAACAACUGCAACAUGACAGUGUCAUAUGCAGGCGAAGUGCCCAAUGGCAGCAACUUUGGCUGCUUCUGGAAGAUCCUAUGGAAAUGGCGCGGCAGCGUUUACAAAUUAGUCUGGCGUGAAUUAAUCGCCUAUUUGUGUUUAUAUUAUACCAUUAAUGUCAUCUAUCGCUUCGCCCUGACGCCGAACCAACAAGCGAUAUUCAAUCGCAUACGGCUGUACUUUGCCCAGCAGGGCGAGAACAUACCCAUGUCCUUUGUGCUGGGCUUCUAUGUGAAUCUGGUGGUCAAGCGCUGGUGGGAGCAGUACCGCCUACUACCCUGGCCCGAUACGCUGGCUCUGUUCAUCAGCGCCGCCAUACCCAACUCAUCGGGCGGCGUUAAUAAUGAAACAGGCCGUCUAAUGCGUCGUAAUAUCAUGCGCUACAUGGUCUUGGCCUAUGUCAUUACGCUGCAACGCAUAUCGCUGCGCGUGAAGCGACGCUUUCCAACCACGCAGCACCUGGUCGACGCGGGUCUAAUGCACGAGUCGGAGAUGAAAAUCUUUGAGGCGAUGAAUCAAAAGAGUCCCAUGUCCAAGUACUGGAUGCCCCUCGUCUGGGCCACCAACAUUAUCAAUCGGGCGCGCAAGGAGGGUCUGAUUGCCUCCGAUCACAUAGUGCAAACCAUCCUCGUCGAGCUCUCGGAUAUCAGAAGACGUCUGGGUGGCCUGAUUGGCUAUGACACCGUAUGCGUGCCGCUGGUCUACACACAGGUAGUUACUCUGGUGCUCUAUACCUAUUUUAUUGCCGCGCUGCUCGGGCGUCAAAUGUUGCCAAAUAUCUUGGAUCGCAGUGGCCGCGAAGAUCCCGACUUGUUCUUUCCAUUCUUCACAGUCUUGCAGUUCGUUUUCUUCGUGGGCUGGCUAAAGGUGGCCGAGGUUCUAAUCAAUCCCUUUGGCGAAGAUGACGAUGACAUUGAAUUGAAUUGGCUGAUCGAUAGACACAUCAAGGCCGCCUACAUGAUUGUCGACGAGAUGCACGAGGAGCAUCCGGAGCUGUUGCGCGACCAGUACUGGGAGUGUGUGGUGCCCAAGGAGCUGCCCUACACCGUUGCCUCCGAGCACUACAGACGCGAUGAGCCCAAGGGCUCCGCCGAGAAGUACAAGGUGAAGAAGGAGGACGCCAUGUAUGCGAAUAUAAUACCAGGCGGCGGCAAGCGCAUGCUCAGCGACGAUGUCUACGCGGACUAUGAAAGCGUGGACACGCCCAUGGUGGAGCGCCGCAAGAACAAUUGGCUGGUGCGUCAGCUAUCACGCAUGGGCUCCAUGCGCAGCCAGUCGACGGCCUACUCCUCGGGUGGCAUGCCCUUUACGCGUAAUCGGCUGAACUCUGUUUACUCUAGUCCCGAAUCGGGCAUGCCACUGUCCGUAUUGCAGCAACAGCAGCUGCAGCAGCAGCAGCAGCAACAGCAGCAGCAACUGCAACAGCAACAGCAGCCUGGCGGCCUGCAGCAGCAGCAGCAGAGCAAGCCAAGUCUCUACGAGAAGUUCGUGCAUCGCAAGUCGCUACGGGCCCAGCGGCAGCUGAUCAAACAAAAUUCAAAGUUGAAUGGCCUCAAUAUAAAUAUGGCCAAGACGCGCCCACGCAUACCCACGCCGGAGGUGACAAAGGACGGCAGCACCAACACAGCCACGAGUGCCGUUAUCAUGGCCCCACAACAGCUGAGCACCCAAAGCACUAGCGGCAUGUACCCCUCGUAUAGCACCACAGCCAGCGGCACCAAUUUGCACCAGGACAGCGGCCAGGUGCUGGGCACACUGCUGCUGUCGCCCAUCAAAGAGAUGGAUAGCUCAUCAUCCAAUAAUACUCUGAUUCCAGGGCAUCCAGCCACAGCGGCGCUAGCUCAGGCCGUCAUGCCGACUCGCUUGAAGGACGGCUACACAGCCAGCUCCAUUCCAGCGGAGACAAAUAUAACCACACUCUCGUUCCCUUUCACGGUGUCCACCAGCAGCGAGUCCAUGCCAACGGGCACGUUGAGCAUUUUGCCGCUGACCGCCAAUGCGCAGUUGCCCACCAUAACGACCACAGCGAGUGGCUUCGAUCCCAAUGAUGUGAUCACCACAAUACCCGUUUCCCUGUCGAUACAGCGCACGCCCUCCAACCUGUCCAUAGUGGAGCUGAGCGGUGUGGGCGAUGGAGUGGAUGCACAUGCCAGCAGCGGCUCGAGCAAUGGCAGUGGGGGUAUCACCACAACCGCCUUGCUCUCGGUGAAGCCCCUCAAUGGUCAUCCCAAUAUAUCGCGUAACAACAGCUUCAAUGUCAGCCUCAAUCUGCAGGAUCCGAACUUUCCGCGCUCCUCAGUGCGUUCGGCGGGGCCAACGGAUUCGGUAGAUGCGACAGCAACAAUAUCUCUGCCCCGGAAUAAGGAUGGUUCCAGCAUGACGAGUGGCAUUGCCAAUGCCUCGUCAGCACCCUCAACGCUGGCCAAGCGCAAGCCAGAGCCCAAGACGGGCGAGGUCUAUGUCUGAGCAUGGACAUCACAUCAUUGUUAUGGAUAGACAGCUUUCUUGGCUAAUUCUCGAUGUAAGCCGAUAUUUCUUGAACAGAGUUGAAACUAGUUUUAAGUUAGGCUUAGGGCCACCCGGAACCAUUCUACGAUAUUAUUGUGCAAGCCCGCAAGAGAAUUGUUGCAUAGUCUUUAGUUAUGUAUAGCUUGUGUUUAAACAGAGUGCGACAUAUCAGUCCCUAGACAUAAGUAACGCAAAAAGAAAGCACUUCCUAUAAAUAUUCGUUGCUUCCCAUACGACCUACGUUCACUGAGGCGUUAUUCGUGUAUAUAUGAAUGUUACCUAAUCAUAGAUGUAAGUUUUAACUUUUGUUUCUUUGGCGCUUGCCAUGCUAGACUAGGCCUAAGAUUACUUACCACUAAUUCUAAUGGAAAUCCCUAUCGUGUAGGCAGUGUAUAUAUAAACCAACACAAUAUGUGAUAUGCGAUUUGUAGGCUUAAGAGUCUUAGCAUAAUUAUGCAAUAUAUCGUAUAUAGAUCAACUAUAUAACUGUAAAUAAGUUGAAAU